UCUGCAGAAAAAUGGCUAAGAUUAAUUGUUUCAUCUUCUCUGUGUUAUUUCACAUUCUAUUGAGCUCUGUUUUAACCCAAUCAGCACCAGAAAGUGCUCUUGUCACGCAGCUUCCCGGCUUCAAUGGCAUUAUACCUUCCAAGCACUACGCUGGGUAUGUGACAGUGGAUGAAAGUCAUGGAAGGAACCUGUACUAUUAUUUUGUUGUGUCAGAAAACAAACCUUCUGAAGAUCCUGUGGUUCUGUGGCUUAAUGGUGGACCAGGCUGCUCUAGCUUUGAUGGCUUCAUCUACGAGCAUGGCCCUUUCAAUUUUGAAGCGGCAAAGACUAAGGGAAAUCUUCCCACACUGCACCUCAAUCCUUACAGUUGGUCAAAGGUCUCCAAUGUUUUAUAUUUGGAUUCUCCUGCUGGUGUGGGUUUUUCUUACUCCAAGAAUGUAUCUGAUUACAGAACUGGAGACAAAAAAACCGCCUCUGAUACGCACGCUUUUCUCCUUAAGUGGUUUGAACUUUUCCCUGAGUUCCUGCCCAACCCGUUCUUUGUUGCUGGCGAGUCAUUUGCUGGAAUUUAUGUGCCUACUCUUUCUUCUGAAAUAGUGAAAGGAAUUGAUGCUGGUGUAAAGCCCAAUCUGAAUUUCAAGGGUUAUAUGGUAGGAAAUGGUGUUACAGAUGAAGAUUUUGAUGGCAAUGCACUGGUUCCAUUUGCUCAUGGGAUGGGCCUUAUCUCAGAUGAUCUUUAUGAGGAGGUUAGAACUGAGUGCAAUGGGAAUUUCUACCAACCACUUGGUCAAACAUGUGCAGAAAAGCUUGCAAAAGUUGAUGAGGAUGUGUCUGGGUUAAACAUAUAUGAUAUUCUAGAACCAUGCUACCAUGGCCCCAGUACAGAGAAAGUCAUGGCAUCGAAGAUCAGAUUGCCGUCGAGUUUCUUGAAAUUGGGUGCAACAGAUAGAUCAUUGCCUGUGAGAAAAAGGAUGUUUGGCCGUGCUUGGCCGCUUAGAGCUCCUGUGAAAGAUGGAAUUGUACCAACUUGGCCUCAACUUAGCAAUUCCAAUAGUGUUCCAUGCACGAAUGAUGAGGUUGCAACUGCGUGGUUGAAUGAUAAAACAGUUAGGAAAGCACUUCACACUGCAGAGGAAAGUGUGGUGAGUAGGUGGGAUCUAUGCACCGACAAUAUUGUAUACCAUCACGAUGCAGGGAGCAUGAUCAAUUAUCACAAGAACCUCACUUCCAGAGGAUAUAGAGCACUCAUAUACAGUGGUGAUCAUGAUCUGUGUGUUCCUUACACGGGAAGUGAAGCUUGGACAAGAUCACUUGGAUACAAAAUCCUAGAUGAAUGGAGGCCUUGGAUGUCCAAUGAUCAAGUCGCCGGGUACACUCAGGGAUAUGAAAAGAAUCUAACUUUUCUGACCAUAAAGGGAGCUGGACACACUGUUCCAGAAUAUAAACCAAGAGAGUCAUUGGAUUUCUACAAGCGCUUUUUGAAGGGUCUGCCUUUUUGAAAGAGGAUGACAAAGAAUAAGAGAGGGUGUGGUCAUAGUGCUUGGGUUUUUCUGUGUACUUGAAAUAUGAAGUUCAAAUAUGACAUCCUUGUAUUUGACACUUGCCUGAGUAAUUUAAUACUGUCAUAAUAAAAUUUCUAAAUUAACCAAGAAAAGAAUGAUGUUAUUGUCAGUUAAGUUU